AACGACACAGCAUUUCCGUGCUACACGACAUUAGCAACGCUGCAAUCUCUCCCCCUCAAGCGUUGCCGUCACACGUGGACAAAACAUGGCGGCGUACACAAGCAAACUGGUGCUGGCUGUCAUAUUCAUAACAGCUGUUUUAUAUACAACAAGAACGGAAAAUGUCCUCGGCGACAGCAACGAGGAUUUCGACUUCGACGGCCUGCCAGGAUCUCAGCACGAGUUCAAGAUCGAGAUUCCUGCCGGGAGAUUUGAGUGUUUUUACCAGAAGAUGGAGAUGGAUGAGGAGAUCCACAUAUCCUUUGAGGUACUGCGUGGAGCAGAGCGGCAGAUUGACAUGGUAGUGAAAUCUCCACACGGAGACCUGAUAGAGAACUUCCAGUGGAAGACUGACGGGGCAUUUGAGAGACAAAUCAAGCUUCCAGGCGUCUAUGAAUUUUGCUUCGACAACUCGUUCAGCCGGUUCGCCAGUAAGUUAGUCUACUUCUACUUGGUUACCUUCUCCACCUCGGCCUGGGAUAACUUCUCCAAGGAACUCCAGGACAUGGAUAUCAAGACUGAAAACUUCUCGCAAAGCAUCGGCAAGGUAGACAAGGCCAUCACGGACAUGCUAUUUUACCAAGGCCAGAGCAGGCAGCAGCACAUCCGGGACUGGUACGUUGCCGUUAGCAACAGAAACUACAUCCAGUAUUGGUCAAUCUUCCAGUGCACUGUGAUCAUUCUGGUCGGGUCACUUCAAGUGUACUUCCUCAGGAAAAUGUUUGACAGUCAGAAUGUGAUAUCGGGUUCCAGCAAACCCAGGGCAUAGAGGAGUGAGUGGAGGCUCCUCUCUGCCCGAACUACAGAUUGUUGUAUUAGGCUUUAUAAACGGAUUAAGCGUUUACUAACACUACCCGCAGAUCUUUUAGCACUC